UAAUGAAGUAAGUUACCUAGGAUGAAAUGAUUUUUCUUUAUCAUUUUUAAACAUUAUCAGUAAUCACAACUCACAUUUACAAUAAUAUUUAAAAUAGCUAAAUUACUUACGGGACUUGUGCUAUGUUGCAGUUUUUAUUUGAGUCUUGCAUUGUUGCACAUCCUUACAGGAAAGAAUAUCAUAGCUCAGUACUGAUCAUGAUGGCAGUCGAAUUCACUAGUGUUUUAUCUCUUGAUGUAUUUGACUUUUCUUUAGAAUAGAUUAGAUGUUGUGUAAGACUUCAUUGUCUUCAAUCGUUUUUAUUUACAUUUCAAUAACUUUCGAAGUGCAUUAAAUAUAAACGAAAAUCAAUCAGUUUUCCGCGCGAUGAAUUUAAAAUUAAUUUCUUUUAAAAAUAGAUAUUCAUAUUUUUUUUGUCUUAACUGUUUAUUGAAUUCAUAAUAUACCUAGUGAUACAAUGAGUAGUGUAGUCAACUGGAGUCCACGAGAAGUAUCUGUUUGGCUGGAAAAAAAGGGUCAUAGUAAAUAUUCUCAAUUACUCACUGAAGAUCAUUGCAUUGAUGGCCGUGCUCUUUUACUUAUUAAUGAAGCUGACCUAAAAUGUCCACCCAUAAACAUCAAUGUAAGUAUUUUUGUUAAUGAAAAUACUUACCUGUUAAACUGUUAUAUUAUGGCCAAUUAUACAGGAAAUGUAUUAUAAUUAUUAAUUUUAAACGCUUUUAGGUAUUAGGUGAUAUAAAACGCAUAAUGUUAGAUAUACGUCAGUUAAAAGUAGAAAAUCGACAGACUCUUUUACAACUUGGAUUUGACCCCAUAUCGUUGCUUACAAAACCUAUAUGUGGGCCACAUGUGUAUGGAACUCAAUUCCGACCAGAUGUAAGUACUUGCAUUAUAUAGCGCUAAACUUAAUAUUUUUAUAUUUAAUUCGUUUUGGGCUGUUUUUAAAAGUAUAAUAACAAACAAAUAAUACUAUUUAACAAAUAUUACCAAAUCGAAGAUAAAAAAAAAAUUGUAUAAUCUAUUUUUUAAAUACUAUAAUUUUGUGUUUCAAGAAUAACAAUUGAAAUGUUAAUUCAUUUUGAAAAUACUAGAUAAAAGAAUUUAAUACAUCAGCAUAUGAUUUAAUUUUAGAACAAAUUGUAUAUUUCAACACAUUUCUUUUGUUGAACUCACAUGGCAAUGAAAAACUAAUGACUUUUGUUUCUGUAUUCAUAUAUUUAAUAAUAGAAAAAUUAAACACUUGGAACAGAACUACUAACUAUUUCAAAUAAGCAGACAUAUUAUAAUAUAUUUAAUCUAAUUGUUAACCUAGCUUAUUUUAACAAUUGCUAUAUAUUUUUAGAAAAUUAUUAGCCCGUAAACUAAAAAAUGGUGUACUAAACAAUUAAAUCAUAAAUUUCAACACCAAAAUUUAUUUUAUCUAAAACUUAUUUUUAAUAUAGUUUGCUAUUUGAAAAUCAACAGUAGUUAGUGGUUUUACCCCAAAAAUAAGGGUGACAAAAAUAAAAUAAAUGUAAAAUUGUAGAGUUGCUUGUUUCUUAAAUGUUCAAUAAAACAAAUUCUAAAAAAAGUUAAUACUUACCAAACUUACCAAGAUAAUGGGUAUUUCUAAGUAAAUUUAUCAAAAAUAUAUUUAUGUCUGUGUUUUUAAAAAUUAAUAACUUUCUUAUCGCUUUAACUGUAAAAUAAAAAUAUAAUAAGUCAUAAGUUAAUAAUCAAUUUUCCUACUACAUUUAUUUACAACUAUAGUUUAAAAAAUACAUAUUUUUUUUAGCCGUUCAAUUAUUAUGAUGAUAUUCAUAUGAAUCAUGGUUCUGAUGUAACAGCUGCAUCUUCCCAUAGCUCAGAAUUUGAAGAAGAGAGAAGAUUAAAACCAGAGGUAAAAUAUAUUUUUUAUUAAAAAUAUUAUUUUAUUUUGUUUAAUAGGAAAGUAUACUAAUUUAUUCUGGAUGAAAUCCAAUCUAAACUUGAUAAUUUAAGUUUAUUGCAUUUCGAAAACUCUAACACCAAUCUGAUAUAGUAUUAGUAGUUAGUGAUGUGCAUAUCAAAUAGUCACUAACAAUUUACCUAUUUGAUAGUUUCUAUAAAAUAAAUAGUUAUAAAUAGUUUUGAUUUGAAAAACAACUGUGCAUAAUUUUUGUGGAGGCAUACUUGAAUCUAGUGGUAGUAUUUCGUAGAGUUAUUUUCAAAUUCUAUUCAAUCAAAAGUAGUUAAUGGAAGAUUUACUGUAUUCUGUACUUAGACCUAUUGACUGUAACAUUUAUUAAAAUUGUUUUUUUUUUUUUAUCAAAACAAAUAUUUUAAUAAUAUGAGAAAAUAAUACUGAAAUAAAAACUCUUUUAAUAAUUCUUCUGAAUAUAAUCUAUCAUGGGAUAAAAUAUUUGAUAGUUCAUCCAAACUAUCUUAAGCAUUAACUAAAGUUCUCAUUACUAUUUAAAAGUGCUUUUGAUAGUAAUUUAUUCCUUUUAUAUAGUAGGUACUUAAAAAUUGUUUGACAAUUUAAGAAACAGAAAGAUGUAAAAUUUACAAUACCAUAAUUUUUUAUCAGACAUAUUUUUAGGAGUUAAAUGACUACCGAAUUUUGAAGUUGAAAUUUUUGAUUUCCACCAACUCUUUCACAAGGUAUUGCAUUUUUAAAGUCUAGGUAGGGAAGAAUAGUGAAGCACUAUUCAAAUGCUGCGCACCAUGCCGCUACACAAAUUAUACUAUUAUUAUACUAUCCUACUUUCUACCAACCCAAACUUUACUGUGAAAUAUCUCAUGAAUUGGUUAGCAGAAAUUCAACACCAAAAUUUAUUUAAACUAAUACUCUAUCUAUUAUGGAACUUUUAAUGUAGAUUACCAUUUGACAAUCAAAUAAAGAUAUUUAUUUCAGCCACAAAAAUAAAAAUGACAAAUAAUAUUGUAAAUGUAUUUAGAUCUAUUUGUUUCUUAAAUUGUCAACAUUUUUUUUUUUUUUUUUUUGAAAGAAGUCAAUACUUUGGGAAAUAAUGAUUUUUCAAUGGUAAAAAAUUAACCCUAUAUUUAUAUAUUAUAUAAUGUACUUUAUCCUUCAAAGCCUAGUGAAGGCUGUAAUUUGUUUAUUUUUUUUUUAACUUUUAUAAACUUGAAACAUGUUUUUUUAUGCAGUACCACAUUUUGUAGAAUACUCUCACAAAUCCACCAUUUUUUUUUUAAUCAAUGAAAUCCUAACUACUUUAAUCUCUCUGUCUAACUUAUUUCAUCCUUACUCCUUACUGAUCAUUAAUAUAUAAUUCGUAAAAAAAAAAAAAAAAAAGAGUCGAUACUGGAAUUGGGUGUGUUAUUGUUGUAAAUUGGAAGUUAGUUUAGAAGUUAGGAUACUUAAAGUUAUUUAAUUCGUUUUUGUACACAAUGAUAACUAUUGCUAACAAAAAACAAAAAAUUGAACUAAAUAUAAAAUUUAUUUCAAUUUUCUCAUGUAUAUAAUAAAUAUUGAACAUUGAACUGAAUAUGAUUAAUUUCCAUCUUUUUUUAAUGAUUAAGUGUAAAUGAUAAAAAAGUACUUACCAAUCAGAUUGAGUUAUGUCAAAUCUACCAACAAAGAAACUUUGAACUGAAAAUUUACAUUAUGAUAUUCAAUAUCAUAUUUAUUUUUUUUUAUACUGCUUAUUUACUGGUAUAUUUUCUAACAAAUACAAAUUACAUAACAUUUUCAAAUUGGAUAUGUUUAAAAAUCAUAAAAACUGACAGUUUAUUAUUGCUUUACCAGUAUACAUUAUGUCAUAUAUCUGUAUUAUAUGUAACUGCCUAUAUGAUUUAAAAUAAUACCUAUAUUUAUAAAAGUAUUAAAAUUGUUAAUAAUAUGAUCGGUAUAAUUUAUAUACUUACAGAAUUAAAACUAAAUAAUAUUGAUGGCAAUAUAUUAUGUAUCAUAAGUAUUGUUUUUAUAAUUAUCAUAAAACCAAUGACAGUAAUAUUAUUUUAGUACCUGUCUUGGAUGCGACCUAUUUUUUUGCUCACAAACUAAUUCCUCGGCCAAAAUAAAGUUAUAAUGUAACUUGGGGAGAUUUUUUGUUCAAUUGUGGUACUCAAACCUAGGUUACUUAUUGCCUAUUUACGUAAUAUUAUCUACCUACCUAAUUAUUUAUGAUGUGACCCAAUGAGAAUGUUUCAUCAGGCACUUAUCCAAAAGAGGAGGGUUGGAGGGUAACUCUCUUCUAUACAUUUUUUAAUAACCAUUUAUUUAUUAAAUUUUCACCAUUGUGCAGUCUAAAUAAAAACAGUCUUAUUUCAUCCCUAUACAGUAUGUACCAAGUUUCGAAGCAUUACCAUACUUAGUUUAGUGACUCAAAAAUCAUAUGUUAAUUGAUCCUACUUAACACACAAUUUUUGAUUUACAACUAAAAUUGAAUGAAAUUUGAUAAAAAAAAUGAUUUCUCUAAUGUUUAAGUAGGUAAAUCAUAUUUUAGUCAUAUUUUGACUAAAUAGUUAGAUAUGGACAGUGUUCGUAAACAAGCCAAAGGUUAUAAUCAUUGAUUAUAAAUGCUAUAGGACCUAUAGCAUAGGUUUAUAGAUUACUGAUAGGUUUUUCGUCAGCAUACUAUAAAGAUCUAUUUAUUAUUUACGGGAUUCAUACAGCGAGGUUAGUAAUAUUCUUAAAGGAAAGAUAAGCUUGUUGUUUUCACUCGUCCUGCACGUGACCGUAUCCUUGAAAUCAGUGUUGUCACCGUGAUCGGAAGAUUUCUUGCGAACGAUAUUUUAUCAUUCACACCCUUGAUUUUCAGUUAGGUAUUGACUUUUCUCCGUGUAAUUUACUAAUCUUAAUUAAUAAUUAAUGAUUUUAAUCAUACGUGAUUAGUCCGAACGGAUCGAGAGAGAUAGACUGAGGUGUGAGAGAGAGAACAACUUUUCAUUUCGAGGACAGCUAAUUAGCUACAACAAAUCGUUUAUUACUUCAUAUUGUUAUUGUGUGUCUAGUCCUUAGAAUGAAAUUUUAUCCACUGGAACGCAUUUCCAUGCUGAAUGUUUCGUCUAUAAGUCUAUCAAUGUAUGUAUUGUACAAUGAAUAAUUAGGCCAUAAUUAACUUCAAAGCUUAUCUUUCAAAGUGGUAAGGUUGUGAUAAGCAUUUUAAAUCAGGUGAGUCGUGAUACCACACAAUUGUUUAUAUCUGUGUGUGAAACAGUUUUUGUACAAUAUUUGUAUUAUUUUUUCGAUUUAGUUGGUAUUAUCUACAUAAAUUAAGUUCUUAUUUUAUAACAAUAAUAGAUUAAUAUAACAGGAUCUGCAUCUGCAACUUCUUGCAUAUGAGUCAUCUCUUUGGGUUUCACCCGGAUACUGCGGUUUUAGAUAUAAAUCUAUGGGCUAUGAGUUCAGUGAAUAAUAUUAUUCAGGUCGUCGUAAAAUUAAUACUAUUUAUGUAAUUAUAAUUUAUAAUACAUAGUUUGUCGAUAAGCAACGAGAACGAUUUUCAUACGACAAAAGAUAAGAUAAAAUACGAUUAUACAUAGGCGUAGGACAGUGAUUCUCAAACUUCUUAUGUUGAUAUAAGUUGAACUCACAUCAGACAUAAAAGUUUUAAGAUAUUGUUGACCAAAGCGGUGGUAUUCAAUAGUAAAAAUUGUUUUUCUUCUCCCCUCUAUGGAAUUGACCCCCGAAAACGCCCCUGAGCAAUACUAUUAACAGAGCUCCGCUCAGAAUCGUUUUUGUUGACAAUUGUUAAAUUUGUAACACUCGUAUCUAAAUUUAGCUCAAAACACAAAAAUACCAACGUUUUCACGGUACAAAUAGUUCACAAAUACUGAAUUCACUAUUGUAAAUACACCGAAUACGGAUUUAUAGUUAUUGUUCAUUAUUUCAAACAACUAACAUAAUAUAUAUUUUAACAAGACUCCAUCAACUCAAAUGUAAUAAAGAUUUCAUUUCAAGAUUAGUCAUCGAUACGUACACAAAAAAUAUUAAAACCGCGACAAAAAAAGAUGGGAAAUAUUUCGCACGUGUGUGGGCGUCUGUUCUAGGUGAGAAGUUGGGAAGGUAGAGGGAAAAUUUAAUAUAUAUCUGUACGCAACAAUUAAUCAUUGCUAAGAAAAAACAAUUCUGAGCGGAAUUCGGUUAAUAGUGUUAGCUUUGUCAACAAUUAUCAUACAUACAUGUUACAUUGUGGUAAAAUUAUUAAAUAUGCAUUAUAUAUUUUUUUUAAUAGUAUUUAUUUAAUAUUGUAUCUAUUUUCCCGAUUUUAACGUUUUGCCUUUUAUUGGGAAAAUCGAAAAAUGACCUCCGUAAAGUACUACCCCAGUCAGAUUUCCUUAAAGAAGAAAAAGUGCCAUAAUUACAGAAUCGGAUCUGAAUUGUUGGUAGAAAAGUUGUUCACAUGAAAAAAAAGGUCGUAAUAUUCGUUUACUGAUAUCUACAUUUUGUACAUUUUUCCGGUUUUUCCCAUUUAUGAGAUUUAUUUAUCCGGUUUUGGUGCUUAGUAUUAAUAUAAAUUAAACAAAUUAAAAAACCACAAUUGGUUAUUCCCCAAUUUCCACCCUACUAACAAUGUAAAACCAUUGAUUAUAAAUAUUAGUAUUUAAUAAUAUUAAUAGUAAUAAUACUAUUAUUUAUAAUCAAUGCUAAAGCCAUAACACUACAUUUUGAACUUUUAAAUGACCUUGGUAAAUUAUAGAGUUCAAAUAGAAUUGGUCUUUAUUUUUGUUUAUUUUUGUUUUUUUGUUUAUCAUUUCUUAUUGUACCAACCAAUGUAGAUAUUACGUACUAAAUAUACUAAUAUUACUUAUAUUUAAAAAAAAUUAUGAUGUUAUCAAAUUGAUAUUAAGAACUGAGUGGAGCUAAGAAGCUUAUGGUUUUACAAAGAUGUUUUUAAUUUUUUUUUUUUUUGUGUGCAACUUAUCUACCAGCGAAUUACAAUGAAAGCACUUUUUCUAAAAAUAAAUUUGACUGGAAGGAUCAUCUUUUGAUUUUCCCAGAAAUUUUUCAGAAAAUGUGAAAAACCAGGAAGAACGUAGGAAAAACUGGAAAAUCUGAACAAAUAUUAUUAAAGAAAAUAUAUUAUUUUAGGUUAAUUAUUUUACCAUGAUAUGACAAAUAUAUUGUUGAUAAAACAACACUAUCAACUGAACUCAGCUCAGAAUCGUUUUUCGUUAGCAAUGGUUUAUCGUUGCUUACAGAUAUACAUUAUAUUCCCGUCUGUAUCCUACCUUCCCAACUCCCCACCUUCAACAGUAGCUGCACCUACGAGCGAAGUAUGUCCGUAUUUUUAGUUUUAGGUGUUUUAUAAAAACGUAGAAUUAGUGCGUGCAUGACUAAUAAAGUACCGUUACUAUGAAGAAUGUUAUGAGGUUUGUAAACUCGCCUGUUACCUGGUUUAACCAAGUUUUCAACAGGUUAACGUACGAAAAAUGUAUAUUAUAUUUAUAAUUUUAACUUAGUAUUAUUUCGUUUUUAUUUUAAAAUGUUAUGUAGGUACAAGUAUAAAAACUAUAAUAACAGUACCCACUAAAUUAUUAAAAUAUUAGUAUCCAUUAUUGUUAACAUUAAUUAAUGUGAAACUGGUGAUUCUUAAAAAAAAAAAAUAUAGGUAUGAUGACGUUGCAGUUAGUUUUAUUUGUACCUAUAAUAUAAAAUAGGUAUAUAAACAUGUAUCACGGCCCAGACAUUUUGCCGCCAGUCAUUUAACAGUAGUUUUGAUCGUAGGGAGGGAUAACGGGGUAGGGGGUCAAUAUUUUUUUACCGAAGUAAUGUACUUAUUUAGGUCGAUCGAACUUAGUUUUUGAGUUAUAACCUGUAGCGGAUUUUCAAUAUUUUUCUAGGAGGUGUCAUGAAAAAUCAUAUUUAUUUAAAAGGAUCUCUAUUAAUAGAUGCCUAUUUUUUUUUGGACAACAUAUAAUGAAAUUAUAUCAAUGUCUAGGGGCGUCCAGACUCCCUGAAACCACUCCCUCCAUAAAUUGUUCACUGGUUAUAACACUUUGAAAUCAGUAUACAUGUGUGUUAUAUUAAAUAAUUCAAUAUUGCAUUUUCCUUAUAUUGGUUGUCGUAGUGUAGUGGUGAUACCUCUAUCCAGAGGUAUCCCUAGGUCUAAUCCGUUUCCCAAAGUGUUUUUGUACUUUUUCCAAUAGAAAAAAUUACCCUAUAAAUACUGUUUUAUAGAUGUUUUAAUUGGUAAUUCAAAAUAUUUAUAUUAAUUCUUUUAGUUUUCUAAAUUUAAAAUAGGUGAUAACAAAAGAGCAAAUUGCACAUUAUUAAUCACGGGAUGGUUAUAUUUAAUUGCUGUUAUCCGUUUCCAGCGUGUGUAUUUGAAAUCAUUUCGUCAAAUAUGAUUACUCCAGAGCCCAGAUAAUAGUUUAUUUUUCUACGUAUUAGGUAACGUUACAAUUAUUUUGUUAUAUUCUAUCGAAAUUUAAACCGGAUGGGACCAUAAAAUAGUGGACGUACUGAACGGGACUGAAAGAAGAAUAGGUCUCGACCGGACCGUAGUGAAUUCCAAAAUAAAAAAAUAACCAACAAGAUUAGACCGAGCAGAGUUUUACUAGGCACACAAUAAAUUUAUUUUUCUGUCUUGUUACCUACCCAUCGUGGUUUUGCAAAACAAAUAUAGAGUUUUUCGUUUAAAACUGCUAUAUAGAGCAGCGGUUCUUAAACUGUUAUCCACGGUUCUCUGGGGUCCGCGAUAUUCAUGUCGAGGGUCCGCGGUAGCUCUAUUGGUAAAUAUUUAUUAUGAUAACAUGAGAUGUUUUGUAAAUAAAAAGAUAUUGAUGGGGGUCCGCCAUUUCUAAAAAUCUUUCGUCAGAGGCCCGUGUGCAUCAAAAGUUUAAUAACCACUGAUAUAGAGCAUUAAUAGUAGACUAUUAAAGAUGAUUUUUUUAAUCAUUUUUUAUUUCUUAAUGAAAAGUUUUCAUAGAGAUCACGAACAUAAUAUAAUAGUGGAGACCAUAAUAAUAAAUACAACCAAUUUUUUAUAAGAUAUACUAGUCGCAAAUCGCAAUAACAAGAAUUAUGGACUUUCAGUAGCUAAAUUAAUUUGAAAGGUUAUUAAUAAAGCAGGAAAGUACAUUAUAAUAUUAUAUUUAUAUUUUCUACAAAUCGCCCAAUAUUUUUAACCUAAGUUUUCAUCGAACUAUACAGGUAUUUUCAUUUGAAAUAAAUUCUCUUGAAACUUCAAUUAUAUGUCCGCUGGCGUUAAAUAAUGUUGACCCUGUUAAUCCGUCUCACGUUCAAAAGUACUGUUAAUUGACUAGCGGCGGAACGGUCACAGAAAAACGUCCUGGACCCAGUCGCGUAGUUAGAAAUUUCUAAGAGUGGGGGGGUUGUUAUGAAAAGUAACAAUCUUAAUUUAAAAAAAGACGAAUAUACUUCGCACGAUGGGUGGCUGAGUGGGACACUGUUAUAGGUGAGAAGUUUGGAAAGUAGGAUAUAGAGGGGAAUUUAAUGUAUAUCUGUACCCAACGAUUAAUCAUUCCUAACGAAAAAUGGUUCUGAUUGGACUUCAGUUAUACAUGUUUUGAAAAGCCAUAAUAUUUACGAUUUUUAUCAAAAUUUGAUUCUAAAAUUCUUAGUUAAAAAAAAAAAUAAUUUAUAAAAUUCAAUUUUUGGUUUUUUUUCUUUUUAUCACUAAGUACGAUUUAUAAUGAACCUCCUGUGAAAUUUUAAGCAUUUCUGUUUAGUCUAAAAUUGUUAUCCACAAAGUAGCUACAGAAUACAAAUUACUUAAAAAUUCGUAAAAUUAAAAUGUAUAAUUAGCUCAAAAAUGACACAAAUGUUUAAAAAAAUUGUUUACAUCUAGAAAAGUUUAUUUUUAGUUUUCUGUCCAAAUUUCAAGUCUUUACCUAUAUUUUUAACUACAUUCUACGUUUUUUUGGUUUUCUACAAUUAUUAUGAGUGCUGCUUGGAAAAUCAAAAAAUCUUUCCUAAAGUACCACUGCAGUCAAAUAACUAUAAAUCAUAAUUUUACAAUGGUUCGUUUUAUCCAUCAAACCAUAACAAAAUAAAUAAUUAUAAUUUUGUCAUGAUUUUAUCAAUAAUCAAUCUUCUACAUCUAACAUUUUAUAAAAUACAAACAUUGUUAUGUAAUUUAUAUAGUCAUAGUGAUGUUUAUGUAUGGUGGUAAUGCCAUAUUGUAAAAUUGUAUUGUUUACAUGUAGUAAAUAAACAUGGUCAACAGGGUUGUUGCUACAUUACCAACACCCUCCUCGUUACGUGACCCCAUAUAAUAUCAACAGUAAGUACUACAUAAAACCACAUAACAGUUUAUUGCAAUUUGGGUACAUGUUUUAUAAUGACAAAUUUUAGAAAAACUAUAAUUUAGAAUAUUGUUAUAGAUUUAAUACUGUAUUAGAUAUAUUUUGUUAUCAUUAUCAAUGUAUAAUUUAUUAUAAUUACAAAUUUUUGGCGUAGAAUUAUGAUUAAAAAAAUACUUUUUUUUAUAAAUGAAUAAAUUAUAAUACAAUUUUAUUGGAGAAAAAAAAAUUAAUAUUUCUAAAAAUUGUGUAUCUAGAUAUACUAAAACCUGCCUCAUUACUCUUUAUUAAGUGCAUACCUAAUUAUAAUCAUUAAAUAAUUUGAAGUGCCAACUAUUUUGUUUUAUAUUUACACAAAAUUUAAUUUUGGAAUUCAGUAAAAUAUUCUGUCUGAGGAAAAAAUAUUAAAGACUGGGGGUAUUUUGUGAAAAUAAUAUUAUUUUUCAAAAAACUACUUUUUAAUAAUUUGUUGAUAGUUAAUAAUGCUACACUUGUAUUAUCUAUCUAAAACGUUAAGUUUAUAAUACCUAUAAACUUUGAAAUGGAUAUAUAGAAAAAAAACCUAAAAUGGAUUAUUACUUUGAACAUUUUUUAUUUCAAAAAUAUAAUCACAAACCUGCAUUCAUAAUUUCAUAUUUUAUAUUAUAUAGGUAUUUACAAUUAAGAUAUAUUAUAUUACUUUAUAUAUUUAUUUUAUUUUUUGAGUAUUAAACUCAAAUCUCAAUAUCUUUGAAAUGUCUUUUAAUUUUUGUUUAAAAAAAUUUUUUUUUUUUAGAUAUGGAAAGCUCUCAUCGCUAUGGGUUAUCUUUUUACUGUAACAUGGAUCACAGCCUUUGUUAUGGUGAUAGUCCAUGAUCGUGUACCUGACAUGAAGAAAUAUCCUCCAUUGCCAGACAUUUUUCUGGAUAAUGUUCCUUACAUUCCUUGGGCAUUUCACAUGUGCGAAUUGACCGGCACCGUAUUAUGUUUUGUGUGGCUUGGAGUACUAGUCUUCCACAAACACCGUUUCAUAUUGUUGCGACGGUUUUUUGCUCUCUCUGGUACGGUCUUCCUGUUACGAUGCAUCACAAUGAUCAUCACUUCCUUAUCUGUACCUGGCACCCAUUUAGAAUGUACACCCAGGAAAAAACCAGCAUUUUUAGAUGGUACAUUAUUUUACUAAAAAUAAAUCAAUAUCUUAAAUUGAUUUAUCUUCAUAAUGUUGUAGAUGGAAAUUUUUUGGGAGAAAUGAUUUAUAAAAUGCAACAAGCAUAUGUAAUAUGGAGAGGAGCUGGUAUGUCGAUACAAGGAGUUCGUACGUGUGGUGACUAUAUGUUCAGUGGACAUACUGUGGCAUUAACUAUGUUGAACUUCUUUAUCACUGAAUGUAUGUAUAAUUUAUAAAAUAUAUUAGUUGAAAAAUUAUGUUUAUAGAAAUUAAUUGUUAAUAUAUUUUAUUUUUUACAGAUACACCUCGUGAUAUUUAUUUGUUACAUACCUUUAGCUGGCUUUUGAAUAUGUUUGGUAUAUUUUUCAUAUUGUCUGGUCAUGAACAUUACUCCAUUGACGUAUUCAUAGCAUUUUAUAUAACAUCAAGACUGUUCCUAUACUAUCAUACACUAGCUAACAACCAAGCUUUAAAUAAUAAUGUUGAUUCUUGUAGAACACGAAUUUGGUUUCCUUUGUUCAGUUUCUUUGAAUCAUCAUGUAACUGUAUGGUGCCAAAUGAAUAUGAGUCAUUAACAGAAAUUGCAGAAAAUCUAGCAUGUUCAACCUAUAAUAACUAUUUACUCAUUAAAUCGGCUGUCAAGACUCAAAUUUUGUUAGUGAGAGCAUUACCAUUCAGUCAGCCAGCACAAAUUAGUUCAACUUCUUUAGCUGGUGCUAACAUAGAUGAAUCAAGAAUACCAAAAGUCUUGAAUAAAAAAAAUAGAUAAAUAUCUAAAUAGAUAAAAUUUAAAUAUGGUCGCACAAUUAUUUUAUAUCCUUGCAGUUCAUUUUUGAAUUGAUAUGCUCAGAGUAAAUAAAUUUACUUAUUUUUUAUUAAAAAAUAAAUAUUGGAAAAUUGAUUUUUAUAAAUUAUCAUUUAAAGACAUUGUUUAGAAGACUAUGAGCCAAAAAUGAUUAUAUUUUACUACUUUUCAUUAAUCAUUAUUAAAAUAUAUUUUCAUUCCCUUAGUAGUGUUCAUUAUUUUGUCUUAAUUCUAUAAAUGUUAUUCCUACUACUUGAUUAGUUUGUGAAUUGAUAUUACACAUUACAUAGUUUUAAAUUUUUUUUUUGUUAUUGUAUAAUUUGUAUUGAAUUCCUAUAGACAAUAAUUCCUAAUUAAUAACCAGUAGUAAUUUUAAUGUAUGUAUAAUUUGAAAAGUUUUAUAGUCCCUCUUAUUAUCAAUACCUGAAAAAAUUGAAAUUGUUUACUUACUUGCCCUAGUCUUAUAACCUUAUUUUAUGUAUAUAUGGUUUAUUAUUAAUCAGUCUUCAUUUUAUAAAUAUAUUUAAUAUUAAAUUUACCUACAAAAUGUUGAUAAUAUAUGUUAAAAAGAAAAAUAUAUUACCAUAAGAUAAUGUUGAAUAUAUAUUUAUUUAUUUUGUUUUAAAUAUUAUAUACAAGAUAUACAUAUACAGUGAUAAAAAAAAAAAAAAUGUUUGUAUUUUUCUGCAGCAUUUAAUAUUAGUUCAAUGUAUUGUUUGACUAUAUUCUAUUGUUAUUGUGUGUAAUUUAAAAAAUAAAUCAUGUCUUUAUUUUUAAUUAAUUGAAUGUGAUUAUUUUUUUUUUAACAAUUUAUGUAAAACAUUUUAAUACACUUGUUUUAUAAAAAAAUAAUUGAAAGCCUUCAUUACCAGAAAAAAAAAUGAUAACUUUAGUUGUAAACAUGAUUGUAUAAAUUUGUAAAAUUGUUCUU